CACACAGGCAGUGUUAAACCACACAAUCUGCUUCAGGAUUGAGGGGACGAAAACAACUUGCCGUGUGUGUGUGUGUAUGUGAGGAGCAGAACUCGCAACAGCUACUCAGUUACAGCCGGACAUUCACAGCCUAUCCUAAUUGAAUCAAUAUGAAGACCUCUCUCCGGUCCCUCAUACUGAUCCUCUAUCUGGUUCCUUGUUGCCAGGGAGACUGUGUGGCUGAGUGCCUCACCUGUAACAAACUCUUCUAUCAGCAUCAACACUUCAACAUACUGGUCUGCAUUCUACAAUGCGAAGGGCAAGUUAUAUCCUCCCCUGUCAUUUGGGAAGAGUGCAGAAAAAUUGCCUCUGCAUCAUCAGUGUUACCUCUUGGUGUGAGCACAUCCCAAACCAGAAGUUUGUCUCUUGGUAGUGCUGGAAACAAUGGGGGAGUCAACUCGGGAAACACUCAUGGCUUUCUCCAAACCACGAAGAUCAUGUUGCCCAAUGGCAGCACAGAAGGCAUUUAUAAUGACGGAGCCAAAGCCACAUUUGAGGUGGACAACAGUCAGCAAGGUACAGAGAUGCCAUCAGACCAGAGCUCCUAUGGCUUCCAUGCAGAGCCACUAGCUUCCAACAGAUAUGGAGGGGUUAUGGAGAAGAAACACAAUUUCAAAGAAGUUGUAGAGGGCAACAAAAGUUUCCAGAAGAGAUAUGGAGGCUUCAUGGGAGUCAGAAAAUCGGUCAGGAACUGGAGCAAUUUGAGCAGACAGACCAAUCAGAAAAGAUAUAGCAAAUUUCUGAGGCAGUACCUUGGGUUGACUGCACGUUCUACUGAGUAUGACAGUUUACCAGACAACUUGGCUGUGUAAAUUUGGGAUUGUGAGACUGGGUAUUGCUAACACCUAGUCUAGUUUAAAGGGGAGUCAGCCUUAACAUUGUUCAUGCCAUUAUUGUUCUGUGAUACUGAAAUAUAUAACUCAUGGAUAAAUGUACAAUCACGAAGGCUAUACACAACACUUUCUGAUGACCACUUACUUCAAAGAAAAAAGUAAUGGUUUAAUUUUUGCACAGUUCCACGGUCAUUUAAAGAAGCUUUGUCAUCUCUGAAAAACAAAAAGUGUGAUAUUGGACUAGGUAGGCGGACAGGGGUGCACAAAGUGGAGUAAUAGCAGACAUGAGGAUGUUAACUCACCACUUAUUGCAUCCUUCUAACCCAAAAAGAUCGCAUCACGAAACAGUGACCUGUUGGACAUUCAAAUUUGCUGCUCCGAAAACAUAUCUGGUGUUCAAUUGGACAGAUGCUCAGUGGAGUUUGAUAGAAUCAUAGAUUCUAUGGAUAGAAGGAAUCAUAGAUUCUGUGGCUAGAAGGAGGCUGUGCAACCCAUCAUACCUGUGUCUGCUCUUUGAAGAAGCUAUCCAAUUCAUCUCUGCCAGUUCUCCACAGCAGUCUAAAUUUUUCCCCUUCAAUUAUUUAUCCAAUUCCCUUUUGAAAGUUAUUAUUGGAUCUGUUUCCACCACCUUUACAGGAAGUGCAUUCUAGAUCAUAAUGAUUUGCUGUGUAAAAUAAAUUCUCCUCAUUUCUACUCUGACUUUUUACCUAAAGUAAUCCUUUAAAAUCCCACAGUCAUAGGAACAUACCAAAAUAUCAAACAGGGAAAGACCAAUAGGUCCAGCCAGCUUAUCUCAUAUAGUUGUGAUGCCAUAUGUGUCAUCAGUAAAACAUUCCCUAACCCCUAGAGGCCAUCUAAUUUCCUGGAAGAGGGAAAGACUAAAUAAACACAAUGGGGGAAAAAAAUCUGGAAAAUUCCUCUCUGAUUCCUCUAGGGGAUUGAAACUAGUAGGAGUCAACACUGACAGUGAUUCAUUACUCAGUACCUACCUCUUGUAUAAUUAAGAUCACAGAGGUAGGGAGAGGCAAGACCAUGGAGAGAUUUGAAAAAAAUUGGUUUUGCUAAAUAUUAGGCCAGUGAGAAAUUGCUGAAGUUCUCACAAUGUGCAGUGGUAAGAUACCCUCAUUCACGCUUUCGCCUUCCCUGUUGAGCACCAGAGUACAAGAAUGACAGCAAUAUUUAGUAGGUGUAACCAAACUGAGCAAAACUGUGCAAGGCCUUUUGACCCUGCAGUGUCUACUCAAGCUUUCGAGCAAUUCUACUUUUCAUUCCCAGUUGCUGUAAGCUUGGAUCAGGAGAUUUUUAAAAGAAUAACACCACUACUACUAAACUCUAAAACAGUCAUUCAACACUCACACAAUACUCCUUGGUCAUGAAAAUUAGUGACAGAAAUGUCAAUACUAGCUAGAGCCCCAAAUUACCAUAAGGCCUGGUUUACCUACUCUGUGAGUAUAUGUGUCCACAUAGGAGUAGAAUUUCUCCUCUGUUCUCCUGAUUUUCCAUCAUACCUCUGGUGAUCAAAAUGAGCUGAAAACCUCAAAAAAUGUUCUGAAUUAUGAUUAUAAUGUUAAUGGCCAUUUAUACCAUUUUAUCAGCUGCCCUGAAGUUACAGCAGCAUAUCAGGUGAAUCCUUGCUUCCCUGCACGCCCAAUACAACAACACCAGAAAACAUUUUAUCAUAAAAGAGACUAUUCACCUAUUGCCCAUUGCUGUCUUUCCUCUCAGUCAAUUAAGAGCUCCAGUUCUUUGGGGGUUAACCACACAAUCGCAAGCAUGGCAGGAGUGAUUAUGACCCAUUACCUACCUUAAAUUCAUGAGAAUGACAGUCUUCGGAACUAACUGUUCUUUGCCUGUAAAAAGGUAUUUUUGUGGUAAUUUUACCAAACAAAUAUGUUGCAAUACUAGUGAACUCAUUAUGUUGAGAAACGCAUGCACCCAGCGGGUUUGUAUGUUCCAUUUUCUGGAUCUCACUAUUUUGGAAUGUCCCACUGCUCCUCCCCUACCUUAGUUAACCUUCAAAGAAACUUAAGAGAAAUAGCAUUGGUAUUUUACAUUACUGGCUGCACUCUGACCCCUUUACAGCAGUAAAUGAGUCACUGGGAUCAUAAGAACAUAAAGAAAUAUGGGAAAAGUAAAGCCCAUUCCUUCAACAGGCCAAAUAUAAUUCUCCAUGUCAUAUGUUGUACUUAACAACAACAGCACUGAAAGAAAAAUGUCUCAAAGAGCUGCAUAGAGGCACAGUUUUCUUAAAACAGACCUACUGAACCACCUGACACAUUUCUUCCCAAUUCACAAUGGUAAUCAAACAGUACUCCAGAACAUUAACUCAGCCUAGCAGCUAAUUAGUUAUAUCCCACAGGUGAUCCCUCUGUUGGAACAGAGAUAAUAGUGGCAACAAUCUGGCCCUAGAAAAGAUUGAGAAGAUCAGAUGAUGGUUACAAACAUGUAGGAGAUGACUUGAACCUCUUUGUUUAGAUUACAGCUCUGUAAUUGCUUCUAUGUAUUUAGUAUUCUAAAUUUGAGAAAUCUACCCUCUCACUUGAAACCUGCAGUAACUCUGAUAAAACCACUACUUUCUGCAUGUUAAUGUCAUUAAAUUCACUGCCUUGUUAAAUGUACCAAACAAAAGUAGUUCAUUUUCUUGCUCUUGAAAUAUAUUGGGUUAGCCCCCAUGAAUAGGCACAUUACAUUGUAAUGUGUGUGAUCCUCAAUAGUUAAGGCUGACUUCCCUUUCAAUAGAUAUUACUUGUGUUUAGUUUAGCUUUUGCAUGCACUGUAACCAGUGAUAUCAUUUCUGAAACUGUUUUUUUUUGUUUACAGCUCAACAGCCACAGUAGUCUGUAUUUUUGAAUUUGAUUAAAAUAGACUGGUUCUUGGUUCAGCCAGCUUGCUUGCCUGCAGUUCCGUAGCACUGAGCAUGACCAAUAAAGAGAAUCUGGUUUCAUUGUCACAAGAGCAGAAUGUUUGUAAUGUUGUUUGUACAUUUGACCACAAUUUGGAGCAUUAUAAACUGUACAUAGGAAACUA